AAAUAUACACCUCUUGCUCUUAAGACAAGCUUAUAAUGGCAAGCCAAAUGGCUCUUUCAUGGCUUGCCCUGCUUAGUCUCACCUUGCUUAUCAGCUGCAUUAAUGGCUCAUUGGAUGAUCGAAAGGACUAUAUUGUUUAUAUGGGUGAUCGUCCCAAGGGUGAAUUCUCUGCGACUUCCGUCCAUACGAGCAUGCUGCAACAAGUUAUUGGAAGUGGUGCAGAAGAACAUCUACUCCACAGCUACCACAGGAGCUUCAAUGGGUUUGUUGCCAAGUUGACCCAAGAAGAAGUCCAGAGGCUGAAAGGCAUGGAAGGGGUGGUCUCAGUGUUCCCCAAUGGAAGAAAACAACUACACACAACAAGGUCAUGGGACUUCAUGGGAUUUUCUCAGAGUGUGCAAAGAGCACCUACUGAAAGCAAUAUCAUCGUAGGAAUGCUUGACACAGGAAUUUGGCCUGAGUCUAAGAGUUUCAACGAUGAAAAAUUUGGUCCACCUCCCGCAAAAUGGAAGGGCACUUGCCAAUCGUCAUCAAAUUUCACUUGUAACAACAAAAUUAUUGGAGCUAAAUACUACAGAGCAGAUGGAAGCUUCAGUCCAAUAGAUUUUAAGUCACCAAGGGAUUCAAAAGGACAUGGGACUCAUACUUCAUCAACAGCAGCAGGUGGAUUAGUUAGCAAUGCAAGUCUGUUUGGCCUUGGGAAUGGGACAGCACGUGGCGGGGUGCCCGCAGCACGCAUUGCUGUGUACAAGAUUUGUUGGGCUGAUGGUUGCCCUGAUGCUGAUAUUCUCGCGGCAUUUGAUGAUGCAAUUGCUGAUGGUGUUGAUAUAAUCUCUAUUUCAGUUGGGGGUGAAUUUGCUGAUGAUUAUUUUGAUGAUCCCAUUGCUAUUGGAGCUUUCCAUGCAAUGAAGAAUGGUAUACUAACAUCUAAUUCUGCUGGUAAUUCUGGUCCUGGUUAUGCAUCAAUCUGCAGCGUUGCACCUUGGUUACUCUCUGUGGCUGCUAGCACCAUUGACAGGAAGUUUUUGACUCCAGUGAAGUUGGGCAAUGGUCAGGUUUAUGACGGAAACUCUAUAAAUACAGUAGAUCUUAAGGGACAGAUGCUCCCUCUCAUCUACGGAGGAGAUGCACCCAACAGAACAGCUGGUGCGGAUGGAUCCGAAUCCAGGUAUUGCGAGGAAGGCUCUUUGAAUGAGACCUUGGUACGAGGAAAAAUUGUUCUUUGUGAUGGGUUGGACACAGGGGAGGGGCCAGCACUUGCAGGAGCAGCUGGUUGUAUAAUGAGCGAUGAAAUUUAUCAAGAUGUGGCCUUUCUUUUUCCUUUACCUACUUCUUACUUGAACCUGAAGGAUGGAAGUAAGGUUGCAACAUACUUGAACUCAACUAGUGAACCAACAGCUGCUAUAUUCAAGAGUAUUGCGGUAAAGGAUGAAAUGGCCCCUUCAGUAGUUUCAUUUUCAUCAAGGGGACCUAACCCUAUCACAACAGAUAUUCUCAAGCCGGACCUGACUGCUCCUGGAGUGGACAUUUUAGCUUCAUGGUCACUAGCUACAAAAGUGUCAGAAUCUCCAGAAGAUAAUAGAGUAUCUCCUUACAAUAUAAUUUCUGGCACAUCCAUGUCUUGCCCACACGCGAGCAGCAUAGCAGCCUAUGUUAAGUCUUUCCACCCUACAUGGUCUCCUGCUGCUAUUAAGUCUGCUCUAAUGACAACAGCUUCUCCCAUGAAUGUUGAAUAUAACAGCGACGCAGAGUUUGGAUACGGAUCAGGUCAUCUGAAUCCAGUGAAAGCAGCUGACCCUGGAUUGAUAUAUGAUGCUGGGGUGCUUGAUUAUGUUAAAUUCUUGUGUGGACAAGGCUACAAUGCUACACUUCUAAGGAUUUUGACUGGUGACAAUAACAGUUGUUCUGCGGCAAACACGGGAGCUGUAUGGGACUUGAACUACCCUUCCUUUGCUGUAUCAACCAAUUCUACGCAAUCCAUUACUCGCGUCUUCCAUAGAAAUGUUACAAAUGUUGGAUCACCAGUGUCCACUUACAAGGCAGCUGUUGUGACUCAGCCUGGAUUGGGGAUCCAAGUUCAACCAAGUGUUCUGUCUUUCAAGUAUGUUGGGGAGACCAAAUCCUUUGUUGUCACAGUUACAGCAGAGGUGUCGAAAUCGUUGAAUAGGAGCUCUGGGUCUUUAGUUUGGGAUGAUGGGGUGCAUCAAGUGAGGAGCCCAGUUGUCGCUUAUUAUCUCUUUGAAUCUGAAGUGUAAACAGAUUUAUGCACAAAUUACUAGUUGAAAAGCUGAAUUGUGGUCUUUAGUUUCUUAACUUUAAUGAAUAAAAAAGCUUGGUUUUCAUUAA